UAGUACUUAAGACAACUGAAGUCAGUGUGUCACUUGGAACGCGGGAUACAAAGACAUUACAUUACUGCGCGGAUUUCAACUUCCAUUCCUACCUCGACUCAAAAUGGCGUGGUUUUUCAUGAUUAUUUUCAUUUGUACGAUACAAUCGAUAGAUGCUGAAACAAAACCCUUCCGCUGGUGUACCGUUACAGAUGAUGAAAUGAAGAAAUGUGAAAAAUUCAAGAAAGCUCUUCCGGACCUGGCACAAGCUGAAGGAGUUAGUAUCAGCCCUGGGUGUGUGGCUGGCUCAAGUGAUGAAGAUUGUAUAAAGAAAAUCAAUGAUAAUGUGGCGGAUUUCAUCACUUUAAAUGGAGGGAAGAUUUAUCAUGCAGGCAAAACCUAUGGCCUUGUCCCAAUAGUAUCAGAAGAUUAUGGCCCACCUGGGAACACAGGGUAUUUCGCAAUGGCAGUUGCAAAGAAACAAACAAACAUCACGAUAAACACUCUAAAAGGACGAAAGACUUGUCACACUGGAUACCGCAGGUCAGCUGGUUGGAACAUUCCUAUUGGUUAUCUACUGCAAGGCAAAAUGAAGCGUGUUGGUUGUGGUAACACCGUUGAUGCUCAGUCAGCAGCGGCAUUUUUCUCUCAAAGCUGUGUGCCAGGAGUUCCAAAAGAUAAAGGACUAGAAAACCUCUGCCAGCUUUGUCCACCCGAAAGCCAAUGUGCAGCAAGUUCUAAGAAUAGAUACAAUGGCCAUCCGGGAGCUUUUAAAUGUAUGGCGGAAGGAAAAGGCGAGGUUGCUUUUCUCAAGCUACCAACUUCACUGGAUGUUUUGCGCUCUGAAGGCGCCAAAUAUGGCAACAUGUCUGAAUACAAGUACUUAUGCUUGAAUGGAAAAACCAAAGUUCUUUCCCCAGAUGCCUACAAGAAAUGCCAUCUAUUUUUUAGCCCAGCCCAUGCUGUCGUCACAAGGUCAGGCAACAAUCAAGACUACAUCAAAAUCUUGCUGAGAGCAUCCAAAUACUGUCAAAAAAACACAACAGCGUCUAACUGUUCUGGUUUCUACAUAUUUGAAUCGGUAAGGUACGUCCCGGGCGAAAAACACCUUCUCUUCAAGGACUCAACUAAGCAGUUGGUUGACGUGAAGGGCAAGAAUACGUACAAGAAGUUAUUGGGUGAAGAUUACAUCAAGAUAUUAGAGGCGUUUACUGUUGACACUACAUGUAGUGGUGUAAAUCCAACCCUCUUUACCUCACUGUCUGGCUUGCUCAUGACCAUCGUAGCUUUGUUAGGACUAGUCCUUUAAAGUACCCAUCAUCCUUGACUCAAUAGUUUCAAGGUGCUGACACACGGUGCAACAUUGCAUGCAACAUUGCACAAAACCGGACUGUUGCAGCGUGUGGCUACGUACCCCAAACUUGUUGCACGCAACGUUGCAUGCAACAAAUCCGAAGUUGAAUCGCG